UGUGUGUGACUGUACACAUGCCAUCAUAAUUAAUCACUGAAUUGAUCGGUGACGAAAUUUGUAAGGACUCUACAUAAAAUUAAUUUUCCCCCAAUAAACCUAGUUUUGUUGCUUUCACCUUCUACUCAGAUUCCUUCUCCCCUUUCAAGUUUCAACUGCAUCUCAAAGUCAGUCAAAAGCCUAAACUUUCCUGAAAGAGCUCGUAAGUCAUGGACCAGCAAGGAAAUGGUCAGGCUCAAGGUAUGGGAAGCUCUGCUCAGAUGCCGUAUCCUGUGAAUCCGUAUCAAGCUAACCAAAUGACGGGAGCCUCUUCUCCUGCUGCUUCGUCUCAAUCUCCCCGAGCUGCCGGUCUCUCUGCAUCUCCGGCUCAGAUGGCACAACACCAACUUGCAUAUCAGCACAUACAGCAGCAGCAACAGCAGCAACUGCAACAACAACUCCAGAACUUCUGGGCCACCCAGUAUGAAGAAAUCGAUCAGGCGACAGAUUUUAAGAACCAUAGCCUGCCGUUAGCCAGGAUCAAGAAGAUAAUGAAAGCAGACGAAGACGUUAGGAUGAUCUCAGCAGAAGCACCCGUUAUCUUUGCACGAGCCUGUGAAAUGUUCAUUCUCGAGCUGACUUUACGAGCGUGGAACCACACUGAAGAGAACAAAAGGAGGACGCUCCAGAAGAAUGACAUUGCAGCUGCUAUAACAAGGACGGACAUAUUCGAUUUCUUGGUCGAUAUCGUUCCCAGGGAGGAUCUGAAAGAUGAGGUGCUUGCCUCAAUGUCCCGAGGACCCCUUCCGGUCGGAGCUUCUUCUGAGGGGCUGCCAUACUAUUACAUGCCACAACAACCUACUCCUCCUGUUGGAGCUCCUGCGAUGUACGUGGGAAAGCCUGUGGAUCCAGGCAUUUAUGGUCAACAGUCGCGCCCGUAUAUGGCUCAGCAUAUGUGGCCACAGCAGCCACCACCACCUUCGGAUUCUUAAGCACAGAAGUUAUCAAAGGGAUCCUGUUGUUGUGGACUUUGGUGUAACAUGGGGGAAUACAUGAAGAUCUCAAGCUAUAUGAAAUAUCUAUCCUAGUGUAAUGCAACCAACCGUAGAUUGAAUUUUAUUUUGGAAGCUUUUGCUUUUGUUAUGCAUAACUAAAAUCCAGAUUAUCGACUUUAAACUUUGUGAUUUAUAUAAUUAUGCUAUGUACGUUAUAAUUUAA